UAAGGGAUAUUUCAAACCAUUUUAUGAAUUAUACUUCUAUUUAAAUUAUCCAUUAUUUUGUUUUAAAGAAUCAUGCUAGUUAAGAAACAAUGAAGGUCAUUUUUAAUUAGGGAGGGGAAGUCUCCUGCAGAAAAUAUCAGCUUACUGUACACUGUUCUGCUUUAUCAUCUUUUUACCAUCUGGCUUUGCUAAGAAGGCAUUUGAACUGGGGUGCUUUUUCAUUGUUUGGUUAAGAAAACUCUACACCCUUCAUAGCUGUUUGGAAAGGGCUGCUUGAAAAUUUGGUUUGGGUUAAAAUUCUGACAUAUAUUGUCAUAUAUUUCUCUUUUCUCUUACAAUCUCUAUAAUUUUCAUAUAUUUAUCUUUCCUUUUAUACUCUGUAUGAGAUGUUCAUCAGAGGAGCAAAACCAGAGUAAAGCAUGGUCACAUACUCAACAGGAUCCAUAUAACAGCAAGACAGCAUCCAUCAUGCUCAUUCUGUCUCUCUGGAGGCAGCACCUCCCUUUUCCUGCUGUGUAGUGUGGAAGGAAGCUCUCAACUGUGUCUUGCUUUGCUGUGAAUCAAUUGCUUCUGCUGAGCUCCUGCAGGUGCUGUCCCUCAGAGCGCAGCCACCAGCUUGAGGAAGUGGCUGUGUGCUGUGGUUCAAUAUUAAAAAAUGGUGGUGAAGCAUUUGUCUGCACAGUGCCCCACAGGGAGCCCUGGUUAAAUGUGGGAAUGAGCAGGCACCUUCCGAGCAGUUAACCAGCUGGCUGGCUGUCAAAUGAGAAAGGGAAGUGGGGAAGGGAGAAAGGAAACUAAAAUUUUUAUAUGAUUUUCCUUUAUUCAAAUAGUUCACAUGGUUGUGUGUACAGUUUGUUUAAAUCACAUCCUGCUUCAUGUUGGAGUCUUUCAGCAUCUGAUUCAUGCUGCUACCACAGCACAAGACAAAUGAGAGAAGAACCCCGUGGCUUCUGGUGUGCAUGUCUCCUUCUGCUGGGGAGGGAGCACUUUUCAGUCACCCUGUCAGAGAGUUGAAGGCUCUAUGCUUACACCUUUGCAUUUGUGCAUUUGUCUGAUCAAACUAGUGCUCUCCUAGAAUCUGGGGACGGAUGUGUACUGCAUAUCGAAGCCUUUCAGUGCUGUUAAAGCAGGUAGCUGGUAAUGGUUGAACACUGGUUUUUAGCAUCAGAACAGGUUUGGCAGCCAUAGGACUGCACUGCCAUGGUGUGAUACACGUGUGGUUUCCAUGUCCUUCUGAACCUUCCCCUCUGCUGAAAUUGCCCACAAGUACCUCUGUCAUGAAGGCUGAUGUUGUAAUAGCAAGGGAUUCACUUUAUUAUAUUGUGCAAAGCUGAUGUAUUUGGAAAGAAAAACUUUCUGUCAAAACUUUUUGUCCAGCCCUGUUGUUCAAAAUCAGGCUGGAUGAGGCUCUGAACCCAGUCUAGUGAAAGGUGCUCCUGCCCACGGCAGGGAGGUUAGAACUAGAUCUUUAAGGUCCCUUCCAGCCCAAACCAUCCUAUGGUUCUAUAUGAACUAUUGGUCUGUUUUGUCUUUCCACUCCUGUCUUUCUCCAGUCUGUGGUAGCAGUACAGAUUCAUGAAAAGACAAUCUUUUUGUCCAGGAGCCUAAUUCAUGGCAGUCAUGCUGUGUUUGGGGGGAAGAUACUCUCUGGGGAACUGAGCAGCGUGUGAUUUCACUGCAGCAGAGCACUCUGAUGGGCUGCUUAGGGAGGUAGGAUAACUUCUUCCAGCACACUUUUUAUCUGUCUUUUAUGCCAGUAUGGCAGUUAUUGGCAGGCUGUAUUUUCAGCUGAAAGAACCUCACACCUAACUUCCUAUACCAGGUAAGCUGCAGCUCCUGAUGGUUUAUAAAAUAAACCUCAUACCCCCUUCGAUACCCAUAUUUUACAGAUGAGACAAAGGGGUUUAUGUAAUAUCUAACCUAACAUAAGCAGAUGGUGCUGUAAGAAGGGACAUUUCUGUUUUCCACACCUCUUUGGCUGCAUCAAGGUCUUCAACUGAUUGUGAAAUCUCUCCCAUGGACAUCAGCUACAUGUGAAAAUUUCUCUCAUGGACAUCAUUCUCCACCACCAAUUAUUAGUUACUAGUAGAGAUUUUCUGAGGAAAAAUCAAAGGAUCUCAAGUUGCCCCAGAGUGCUGUCUUUCAAAUAGUGAUGAUGUAACAGGGUGUCACACCCUGGCUCCUGAGCAGUGGUAGUUUUAUUCACAGCUGAAGAGCUACAUGGGGUUUUUCAUGUAUUAUCUCACUAAAUUACUCUGUACUGGUAUCUCUGUAGGGAACUGGGGUAACCCUGUAAUUGUGAGUGCCCAGUGGUGGUUGGGCAUGUGUGUGAAAUCUGGGAGGGUGGUUCUUGUGGCUCCUGUUACUGCUGUGUUACCAAACCCUCUGUGAUCUGCUAUUUUAGAUUAUGCUGAAAUGCAAAUAACAAAAAUAAGCUUGUUUGAGAGCAGCAUUUAACUCUGUGUUCUCUGAGAUCUGUGCAGGUAAACACAACUCAAAAACUUGCCCCUAUGAUCACCCACUCAGUCCAUUUACAUUGAUUAGAUUAGCUUUGAGGAGCGAGUAUGAACAAGUGCAUAUGUAGUGCUGGUGAAAAUCAUUUACCAGCAGGUAUAGUUUUAUCUGGCGUACCAAAUGAAAAACUUACUUCACAAGGUAGAGCCUGCAGGAUGGCUGCUUGGGAUUUAUAGAUAUGAGAGCAGCUGGUACAGUAGUUUGUCCAUCCCCUCAUUUCCCUUGCCUCUUUCCAUACCAGUGCUGGUUUUCUCAGCAGUUAAGAAGAGAAUGAAGCAAAAAAUAUGUACCUAACAUGCCUAAAUCUUCAAAUACUCUCACCAUCAUACUGUGUGAACACACUUGGAAGAAACUGUACCUAGGUUAGUGUGUUUGCUCAUUCCUGUUGAACUGUCUUGUGCUGUGGCUGUCAUCUUCUGUCUUGUGGUUGAGUUUCUAUCUCCCUGAGACCUGAAAAAAUGGAUGAGAAAGAGCAAUGGUUAAGGGACACAGCCAGUGUCUGUCUAGGCCCUUUCCAUAACCCCUGAGUAAAUCUGCUUAAGCAUCUCUGUGCUGCAGGACACGUGCAGUGUGCCUUGGAUUCAACAGCUCCAACCAGAUAAAUCCAUCACUGCAUUAAACGUGUCUGUGCAGGGCGACAAGGGCAGCCUGAUGCAAGGCAGCAGAAGGCCUAAAGGUAGGGUCUCCAUGUUUCCUCAGACCAUCCCUCUGUGCUUGGUAAAUAAAAAUGAACUUAAUUUAAUUCCAAGCACCAGCCAGUGAAUACAGAAAGUGUUGCCACCAUUUUCCUGAUGUUUCCAGCAGCUGUAGCUCACAGUGUUGCACAAGCUGCUUGUCUGCUGCAGUGUCAGUCCUGAGCAGACUGACACUGAGUGAGAAGAGGGUCUCCCACACCUAGCCAUCUCCGCUAAUCCUGCCUCCAGAUCUGAUUUAAUCUUUGUCAUACCACCUGGCCAUCUGUAGAAGAAGAGAGUCCUCUGAGCAGUGGUGUGGCAAGACUGUCAGUGACCAACUUUGCAGAGCUCUCAGCUCUCUUUGUGCAUGCAUAUUUUUCAACCUUUCUGUUUACCUGCAGUGCAUAUAUGAGAAAUCACAUAGGAUCAGUUUGUCAUAAAAUGUUUAGUGUAUAAUAUUUAGGUGUAGUGGUCCACGAGAAUAAGCAGAAGCUUCCACUGUUUGCUCUGAAUUUCUCAAACAAAGUGAGACAAAACAAAGUGAGACAAAAAAAAAAAAAAAUAGCCCCACACCUGGGUUAUAUUAGGAAGGCUGUAGUUUCCUUAGAUGCAACAUUUCUGAAUGCAGUUUUAUAUUUUGCCAGUUCUAGUCGUCCAUUAACCCACUAAAAUGCCAUUCCAUUUCUUUUUUUCCGCAAAGUACCGAAAGAGCUGUCAUAAGUGAGUUGGUAGAAAAUGCUGUCCAGCCAAAAAUAAGAGGAAGAACCAUUUGACACAGGUCAAUGGAGUGCUAAUCAGGAUCUAAAGUUAAUGGCUUUCCUAGUAAUAGAAGAGGAGGAUAAAAAAAUACUUUCAGUCUUUAGUUUCUAUUGAAAAAUUACAUGUACCCCAUUUUCAGAGAACUCUAAGUGCAACAAAUGGCAGCAGCUAUUUUCCUUAUUUCUCUGAACAUGGGAAUUAAAGGGGAAAAUUAAUUUACAUCCAUGUGGUGGCAUAGUUAAGUAAAGGCAGAGGAAAUGUGACUUGUAUCCUUUGGAGAUAAUUCACGUGUUAAUUUGUGUCACCCUGUAGAGCCACAUAGUUUGGUUCCUUGGCCACAAACACUGGCAACACAGACACCACCAAAAUCAACUGAGCAGCCAAGGAAUACUGACUGUGCUGUCACUGUAGUCUGAGUUUCCAUUAAAUGUUUUAUUUAAUCUAUUAUUACUUUAUCAUGAAAUAUAUAACUCAUAGGCCAAAAGGGUUUAUUGAUGGGGAACUUCUCCCCUGUAUUCCUUGACUUGCAGUGACUUUGACCUACUUUAACAGUGCACUUGUGCUUUUUCUGGGUGUUUGACCAUAGAGCCUUAAAUUAGCAAGUUGACAUUGAAAUGCUGAUUUACACCUGCAGUCAAAUGGAUAACACAUGUUAAGGACUGAUUGUCAGCAGCUCCAAUACGUUAUCGCUUCAUUCUCUGGCAUUGUUUCUUGCCUUUAUGGGAUUUAAGGACAACAUUGUGUGGCAUUGUUGUUAUGGCUAUGGACACAGCUGUGGGGGGCUGACACUGUGUAUGGUCUUUGUCAUUUAUCUAAAAGCUGACAUCACUUUCAAAAAAUGACUGUGAAAGUUUGGAUGUUUAAGUGUUGCUGUAUGUUUUAAGAUAGAGUUGGGAAUUAAAAAAAAAGCUUGUUUGCUGGCAUAAAAAACCCAAAACAGUUAACACUGAAUGACUUGCUCUUCUGACCUUUUCACCUUAAGGAAGAUUAAUGGUGGUUUAGAUCAGAACAUCCCCCCUGAUCAGGGUCUGAAUGCUUCAGGGAUUCAGACAGACAAAAAGAGUCAUUUCACCCCUAGGUCACCAGCAUGGCCCUAUGGUGUCUCACUAGUGACCACUGGAUGAUUGCUCAGUAGUUUAUGUGCAAGAGUUGGUGGUCAUAAUCCAUUUUCCAAUGGACAGGUCCCUGCCUCAUGAAAGCUGCCACCAUGUGCUUAUCCAAACAGCGAAAAAUGGGAAUUAACAUGAACAGCCUGCAUUACAUUUGCCUUGCACUACUAAAAUCUCAGAGCCUCUGUGUGUCAGUGGAUCAGUCUCUCUCCAGGAAAGGGUUGAAGCCAUGCUGGUGCCGUUCUGUGAGUGGUGGCACCUCGGUGUUCCCUUCUGGAGGGCUGCACCCUCUGCUCCCACCUCUGGAGCACACAGGUCUCAUUCAGGCACACUCACACUGUCACCACUUGCAUUUAGGACAUCCUGGAAUGUCACAUCCCACAGCUUUCAUGUAGCCAUCUCUCAGGUUUGGUUCUUGGUUGGCCAAGCUGGUGUACUUCAAACCUGCUGUACUUGCAUUUCAAAUGGAAGACCUAAAGGUAGGACUCCUCAGUUAGUAAAACUGAGCAGAGAGCUGGCAGGCAGGUUUUGAUUGUAAAGUAACUCCUUGUGACUUCUCCUGUCAGAAAUUGUAAUGUCACCAAUCGUAAAGCCCGAUUUGGGGGCCUACCCAACAGAGCUGAGCUAAAAACACCAAGGUGCCCAACAAAGGCAGCACAGGGUUGGCUGACAGGCACUAAAGGUCUGAGCGUGUCCUUCGCCAGGGACACCUGCAUGCACACAGCAAGCCAGGCUUUGGGAAAAACUGCCAGACAUAUGAGUACACUUGUUCACAGCUGAGAUGUUGAGCCUGAAUAUAUAACAUGGUUACACAUUACAGAGAGAAAAAGUUGGAGUGCUGAGGUCUAAGAGUCUAGGAGUUGAGAGGAUCAGACUUUAGGGGGACAUCUAAGAUGAGAAUAUGCAUUUUUAAAAUAUUGUAAAAACCUGAAGGAUGAGGAAUCUAGACUUCUGUAGUUAGUUAUUAGGGCCAUGUCCAUAGCAAGGCCCACAAAAACUCUUUCCUAUUCCCUUUUGUUUUUGGGUUGGUUUUUUUUUUCUCCCAGGGUUAGCUCUGUACAGUACUUUCCUAGAAAUGGACAGAACAGCUGAACAGAUUACAGGUAGAACUGAAGCAGUAAAGGCAAAUACUUAAGUGUAAAGGCUAACAGGAUAAAGGAAAAGGACAAGUAAAGAUCAUGAGUUCUGCGAAAAUCAGAGAUCUCAGAGGCUGCUACGUGACUUUAAAAGUACUGACCUCUAUGUAGCUUAUAAGCUUGAAAAUCCUCUCCUAUGUAUUUGCAGCAUUAAUUCCUCUUGUUAUCUGAGGUGAUCUACUUUAAUCAGAUUCCUACAAACAAGUCAAGUGCUUACAGCAGAAGAUCUUUGACACCCCUACUUGGCAGCGUCAGUGGAGAGGACAAAGACCAAACCAGCAGGAAGAUCAGAUAAAUCGCCUCAUCUCAGCAAAAACUGUUUUAGGAUAAUUGGCAUCAGAGUUUCCCCCCCCAGGCUCUUACCUGUAUGCUGUAUGGUUAUUUGAUGCACUGGCUGCACAAAAGGUGCCUCAAAGUAAUCACAUUUCAAAGAGACAUCAAUUCUGAAGCCUCCUCUGUCACAGUGCCAGCUCCUGUUCUACCUUGGUUCUUCACACAGGCUGCAUAACUUGAGUCUGGAUCAAAAGGGGACACAUAAAUUUGAUCCUGCUUUUGCGUCUUUAGUGCACCUUCUACUUCUUAUUUUCUAAGUUGCUAGUCCCAUGGUCUCUGAGUCCAAAUAGUGAUGGUCCUUGUUUAAAUUUAAUCCCAUUUUCACACAGAGCUUAAGCCAGAGGAGGCAAUGCCAUCUGAUACCCUCCAAAGACCUUUCAUCCCCACGGGAGCACAUGUAUCGCAUGUGGCAAAAGGAGCUUGAUGGCUGUGUGAGGACACACAAGAUGCGUAAGGUGACAGUUCAGGUUGACUUACUCUUUAGACUUAUCCAUUGGAGAAAUCCUAAGUAUUUUGUGCCUGGUUACCCAAGAGUGGAUUUUACUGCGUAUGGUACAAGACUCAAGAUGCAGCUGCAGCAAGAGGACUGCCACUUUCUAAAUCCAGGAACCACAGGACAAGUUUUGAUUAAUGUGCUUGUUUGCCCAAAAUGGCAGGAGCCAAUAGUGGAAAUAAUCUUAAAAUGUUUUAAAGGAAAAAAAUGGGAGUGAAAAAAACCUUAUCUAAAAAUCAUUUAUCAGGGGAAUAAUGACCUCACUGAUCAAUUAGCUUGAAAAAUUAAUAAAUCCAUGACAAAUGUAGUUAAAGAUUAGCAUCUUAAUGAACUAUUGUUGUCUCACAGCCCGGUUUGGACAUAUAGCUCCUUUGUUGACAUUUUUAAUUCUUUCUGUGGAUUACCAGUACAUGACCAGUAUAUGAAAGCUUGCUAAGCUUCCACGUGCUCAACCUGGCCCUAGCUUUAAUACUGGCUUAGUGCAAUCCCUGCUGUUGGCACAAGUUCUGUGGGACUGGAACCUUGUCGUGCUGGGCAUUGUGUUUCUACCUAAUCAUCAUAUGGACUUACUCAAGUGUGUUUUACAAGCUUAUGGCAAAUUUGUGAAUGCCCAAUUAUCUAUAUGUAACUUUUAUAAGAGAAGCCAACCAGGGGUGUUUUUUUCUUUUUUUCUUUUUCUUCUUUUUUUCAGAAUUAUGCAAUAUCUUUCUGUAACUAGGGGGGGAAUGCUUUCAGUCUGGCUUCCAGGUCUGGCUGGUAUUUCCUUUCCCGAUUAGCAAGGAAGCCUGUGCACUCAUCUUUUCAAACUGCACAGCUCUUGCAUCUCUCUCUCCUGGUUCCCUGCAGAGAAUUUGAAGUUCAAAAUGUUUUUUGAAUGCCUCAAUAUUAUUCCCAUUCAGGAAAAAUCUGAUAGAGCACCUUCUAGACAGAUGCAAAUUCACAUGUUACUUUUGAAAAUGCUUCACUUAUUUGCAGACCUUUAAGCCUUGCAGUGCUACUUUAAUUUUGAACUAGUUUUGCUGUCUGCUACAAGCAUGAAGUGAAGUUAGUGAUAGUGUAUCUGUCUCUCUAUUCCUUUCAUUCAGAGAAAAACGACAGAUUAUGUAUGGCAAACUCACUUUGUAGUUUGCUUUUUUGGUUGGUUUUCCUUUCCAGUUAUUUGCAGUUGUAGUUUUGUGGCCCUAAACUGAAACAAAGUGUUUUUUCUUCCACAAAAAAAAAAAAAAAAAAAAAAAAAAAAAAAAAAAAAAAAAAAAAAAAAAAGAAAAAAGCUGCUGGGAUUGCAUCAUGCAGAAGUGGUUUAGAGUAGAUGCCUGCAGUAUGCAUGUGCAGCUUCAUCCCAUCUUAUUUUUAAAUGGUUAUCUGCGCAUCCCUCUGGUUCACAAUCCUAUUCCAAAAAUACCUGGGGUUUAUCCUUAUCAUAUUGCCCAGCUAACAGUAAGAAAUAGGCUCAAGUGGCUCAGUACAGAUUAGAUUUGCCUCUUAUGCAACAAGGUACAAGAUCCAGGGAGAAGCCAGAGACCUGUCUUGGGAAGAGCUUUUUCCUUCUCGGGCCAGGGAAUCCCUUGGCAAUAGCCCUUGCACAUGUUGAGAGUAUCCCAACAACUUCACUGGAAGAAUAGUGCACUGAAGUGGGAUUCAUUUGUUCACAGAGGCCAGGAUAAAUAAGGCCUAGAAGUUUCUGAUUCUUAUCUUAAAUAAAUCAAGUUCUAAUUACAGUUUUUUGUAACAAUAUUUUUAAAAUUUGAUUCCUUUCAAGUUUAACAGCUCUGGCAUAUUUGGUAAACAGGACAAGCAUCUACAUUUGUUUCUUCCAAAUAUGUCCUAACAGAUGCAGGGUUUGGGAAAAGCACCUUUGCCAACUCCCCAGAGGGACAUUUCACCAGUUUAUGGGAUUUUUCUGCCAUUUGUGCAAGGUUUGCUGAGCCUUCUGGUGUUUUCAAGGGCUUUUUUCCUUUCAGCCUCAGCAAACAUUUCUUCUCCUCCAUCUUUCCCUCCUUUCUACCCACAUUCCCAAGAAUCAAAUACUUGCCUGGUCCAGACCUGCAGAUAAGGUUAGAUGUGUGUUUUGUCUGUCUGACAUGUGUCUGUUCUAGUGUCCAGAGUUUUCCUCCUCCUUCUCCACCUCCUCCUCCUUCUCAGUUGCCCCUGUUCACCUUUGGUAACCUUGUUCUGGCACCAGGAAAUGUUUUGAUCCUUUACUAUCAACACAGAGAGUGAGUAUUUGGUAAACUGCUGUAUCACAGCCCACAGGGAGGAAUUUGGAUUCAACGUGUUCACUUGGGAGUCUUAGGUCAAAGACAUGCCCCAGGGCAAAAGCUUCUUAGGGUCUUCUUGUGGCUGCAGUGGCACCAUGUGAAUUAAGUCAAUAGCUCAUUCCUCACUUUAGUAGAGAAGAAAAAAAUUGACCCUGGUUUCUAGAUAUUGUAUGUAUGGAAGGAGAUACCAUGUGAGAUUGUCUGAUGUGGUUCUGCAAUUCCUAGGCUGGACAUUGGGGAAAGUUUCUCCUCCAAGUCUAAAAUUACUGCCUGCACUUCUUUAUCAGGUAGCAUGCAGUAGAGCUUUUGAAGUACACUUCCUGCAGAUAUAAUUACACCUAUUUCAUACCUAACCCAAACACUGGACAUUUGCCCAAAGUAUCUCCCACACAGAUAGAAAAAAGUAGCCCAAUAUGUGCAGCUCUUCUCUUGAAGCCACAUUAAGAUUUCUUGGAAAACCCUGAGCAUUCGUAGUGCUCAACUACUCUGCAAGAUCUGGACAAAAUGAAGAAGAAAACUCCUUUCCAUGGACAGGGGAGAAUUCAUUCCCAGAUGAGGAUCCAUGAUGAGACAUAUUAUAUCUGUCCUCCUGAGCCCUAUUUUUCUGCCCAAAUCCUACCUGCCUUGUACCACAGUGAAUGCCAGCUGAUGACCAGCUCCAGAGUCUCACUUCAGUUUCCACAUCCCACCAACCCUCAAAGGACGAAAAACCCAAUACUUGCUCUAAUGUUAAACCCCAUCUAUGAUUUGAAAAAUAUCUGUAGGUCAUACCUAGAAUUAGGAAAACAAUGACUUAUGUCCAAAAGUGCCGCUCUUCUCAUAGGACUCUGAAUAUCUGAAGGUGAAAUAAAGGGUGGGUUAGAUUUGUUAUAGCUUUUUUUUUUUUUUUUUUUUUUUUUUUUAAUUGACUAUUCAGUGUUGGUCUUCAUUAUUUUUUUUUAUCCUUUCGAAAGCUUUUAGAGCCUCCUGCAUAACCGCCUCCGCCCCAUUCAGUGGUGAAUGGACAGUGCGCUGAUCUUUUUCUCGAUCUGGACAAUGAUCACAGAGCCAGAUUGGAUUAGUGAAACCUAUUUACCAGAAGUUCAGAGCGGUUGCAUGAAGCUGAAAGGCAGUCAGUAGGGAGAGGUGGAAAAUGCACCAGAUUUACAGCUGCAGCGAUGAAAAUCUAGAAGUUUUCACCACUGUGAUUUCUUCCAAAUCAUGUAGUCCUGCCCGAAGACGAGCCAAAGCUACACAGCACAUCCUAACAAAGAGUGUGGUGGCCGUACCGGAGCGCCGGCCGCACCAGGGCGAGCUGCUGCAGGUGCUGUGCCGGGCCAGGGCCGAGCCGGAGCCGCGGGGCGGGGGCGGCCCGCAGGGAGCCCGGCCCGCCGGGGGCGCUGCCCAGCGCGCAGGAAUUACUGGACAAGAGUCAUCUAAGUCCUGUAAUCAUCUUUUGGAUGGAAAAUCUUUGGUUCCUCCAUCUCCAGUUGCCCAUAUCACAGUGAAAGCUGUGGCUGUCACGGGCUCGCCCACACGCCACCGCACCUCUACGGAAGACCACAGGCAGAGCUGGAGGAAGACAACAGAGUAUGACCUGGCCCUGCCACCAGGAGCAGAAGCUUCCCUUCCACUGACAGGAGGCAACCUGUGCGGGACACCCAGCCUCCUGAGGAAGAUGUGGAUGAAGCACAAGAAGAAGUCAGAGUACCUGGGGGCAACAAACAGUGCCUUUGAGGCGGACUGAUAAGGCUCAGCAUCCCUCGGAAAGGCAGAAGGUCCUUCAGCAGGACAAGGUGCUUUAGGAUCAAUGAGGGAACAGACACAGCACAGCUCAUCCAAGAAAAUGAUAUCCUUUUUAUUACUUGAUGCCACUGCCUCAGAACAGUGGGAGAAAGGCUAACAAAGGUAAAAAUGGUGAAUAUGAUGCAACUAAAUGGCCUUUCCUUGUUGCAUUACACUAAAAUCCCAACCGUCCCACUAGAUUUACAUCUUGACUCGAUGCUGAGACUACUGCUGACCCAUUCACCAUUUUCUAUGUCCUGUCUGAAUGAGCUCGGACUUGCAACAAGAGAAGACUUUGAAGAGGUUUGUGUAUUCCUGCAAGGCAACAGAUUGAUUGCAGAGUGCCAUUAAAUCCCAGGGAUCUACUUGUUGUGCUCCACUGCUUGUCGUCUUUCCCCUCUCAUAUCACGAGAUAAAAACCUCAUCUUGCAACAUGCUGGGCUCAACGACGCAUGCUAAACAUCUCUUCUCCUUCAGUUUUGAUGUUGCAAGGCAGGAAUAAAAGAUGCAAAAAUUCUAAAUCAACGGGCCAGAACUGAGUGAGUUUGCAAACAUAUGGACCAAACUUUGCUAUGUGACAAGUGAUUGGUGUUUUAAAGUGUCCUGCCAGAUCAAACUAAGAGCAACAGGAUAACCUCAAGGGAUACCUUCUGCCGUAGAACCUGCUUAUGGGUGGCAUGGUAGUCAGCAGUUCACCCUCUAGCCAUGUGGUAAAGGAUGUUACAUUAAGUGCACAAAAUACAAGAAGGAAGGAAAGUUUGUAAAUGGUGCAAGUAGGUGACUAAGUAUAAGAUAUUUGCAUGUAAGAGAUCUGUGCUUAUGAAUAGAUGGAUUUAAUGGAAUUUGCUUUUAAAAAAAUCUCUCCUUUUUUUUUUUUUCCAAUUUAGAAAUUGCUGGUCAGGUUCUCUACAGUUUUUCUCUCAAAAAAGAACUAAACACUUUUAUGAAAGGAGUUUUUACCACUAUUAUGGACAAUAUUAGAUUAGUCAUAAGCAGUGCUUGCCUUCUGUGAGUGCUCUCCUAGUUAUCUUAAAAACUACUGGUUUCCCUAAAUACAAAACUUUAUAUUUAAAGUUGGAGGAGGCGUAUCUCCUGUUGUUUAUAGUAAUGAUGACCUCUAAUCUAACCGCCAGUGCACCAAAGCGUAAAUUAAAAAUAAAGAUCUGGCUCUGUGACAGCAGCAGAGGGAAGGAGCUCCCAGCUGAAACUUGCUUGCCUGCAGCCAGUGCAGUGAAGUGCACUGAGGUGCCAUCACAGACAAUGCCAUGGCAGUGAGGGGCAGCUGGCCCUGCCAGGGGUCACCAGUCAGGAGUACCAAGGGACCCCAUGGAUGGGAGGGAAAGACAGCCAGGACUCCUGGCUUUGGAUUGGGCAGCAACAGGAGAGGUUUGCAGCUUAACAGCCUGAGCAACCAAAGCUCAUGGGAUGGGAAAACAAAUGGAGCAGGCCAGUAGCUUUACAGAGCACGUCGUCCUCAUGGCUGCAUGGGGGAAACUGGGAAAACCUAUUGAGGGCUGGACACGGUGGAAAUGGUAGUAGGAUGGGAAUGGAAGUUCUUACUUUAAAAGGUACUGUGCCUUUUAAUGCUGCUAGAGCCAAGUCAGUCCAGAGUCUGCCAAGGAGAGAGAGGGACUAAACCUUCAUGAAAUACCCCUGACAGCCCUCCCAUGCAGCUGCCCAUCACUGCUCCAGUCACAGGCUCCUCCUUCAGAGGUGCUCAGCUGGUCAGAGGAAAACUUGGCACCUCGAAACCACACAGACUCUCCCUCCUCAUUACCAAAGGUAAAAGUCCUUCUCUGGCCCAGCAACCCAAGACAGGGAUGAUCUGCUCUCCAGCUUUUAUUUCUUGCUCCUGGGAAAGGAGGAGACCAUGGUUCCCUGUGAAUCAUGUGCUGGCACUGGUGACCCAGGACUGACCCUGUGUUCUCUGCCCUGACAUGAGAGAGCAGUGCUGGCACCCACUGAAGGCUGCACACCUGGCAGCUCCCUGUGAGAGGCUCCACCCCACCCUUAAAUUAGAGCCUGGCACACUGGUCCUGUGCAAUAGUCUGAGCACCCUGACCCUGCCAACAUCAGGUCCUCUAUGACUGAACCAAGCUGGAGCCAUGGUCAAGAGUUUCCUGAAACACUUUUUACAAAUAUCACUAACCACACUUCAGCCCCCUCUUCAGCCCAUAGAACUCCUGCCAGAAACCCAUAUAUGUAUUUUUACACAUGUAGGUAAACCUAGUAAAUUCAGUGGGACUGCUCUCUUGCACAGCAGUACAUAUAUUCAAAGAGUAGGGAGAAGACCAAACACUGGUUCCCAUUUUUGGUCUCAAUUCCUAAACAAAGGAAAAACAAGGAUGAUGGACAGACACUGGGAAAAUCCAUUUACUGCAUUAGGUGUAAUUAAGAAAGUAAACAUUUGUGGUACCUGCCCACGUAGUUAACAUGGCCCAUAAAGUACUCAAACACAGUCCAGGACAGCAAGAGUUUUGCUUGUUGAGGAAGUUCCAUUUUAGUAAUAGUAUUUAUUUUGUUAAUAAUAGCUUUGAACAGUAUGAGGAUGGAGGCAGAGAUAAUUAAUAUUUCUUCUUAAUAAUUGGUGUAUCUUGACAUAUGUAUUUAUGCUUUUCUUAUUUAUUUAUUUAUAAUUUCAAUCUACAAGAGAAGGAGCUAUUUACAAGAAGCAUAUUUAAUUUCUUUGUAUUCCAGGAACUGCUGUGGAGCUUUUUUGUAUUGUAGUAGAUAUUUAUUUUAUUGAUUUAAAAGUAUGUUCUAUUCUUAAAAAAACCCAAUCAAACAAACAACAAAAUAAACA